UUGAUAACUAAAGUACAAGAGUAAUAUCGUUCUUUGAAGUUCUCGGAAACCUUUUGAAUUGUUUUUGGCGGACAAUUUUACUACGAGGGUUGCAGUACUGUUAAUGUCGUGCGAAAUACAGUAUACUGAAGAUCGUAAAAUGGAUCCAGCAGGCAGAGAGGCAGCUCAUUCUCUUGAAUCCCUCAUACUUUCCUUCAACCACCGCAUUUCUCAAUUGCAGGAAAUGAUUCUCUCCAGAAACGUGGAUCCAAAUAGCAGCGCUGCGGAUUUUGCAGCAGUGGAUUUGGCGGUAACAGGAAUGGAGCAACAAAUCGACGCUAUUAAACUCUAUCUCAAGGAAGAGGCCCAAGCUUUACCCAGCGCUCAGGAUUUGAUUAAACAAUCAUGGCAUCAACAAAAGAGACUGCAGCAUAUGCUUAACAAUAUUCCUCUUCAAAUGCCGGGAAGCUUUAACCCUGUUUUGGAUGAAAAAGCCAUUAGCUUGUCAAAAACAAAUGGUAGUGAUGUGCUUUCCGGUUCGACAGAGGAGCUAAAAAUACAAAAGGAGAAGAAAGGUCGUGGUCCACCUCCACACUGGUAUGUCAGCGGUAACGAACUUGACUCUCUUUCAAGCUAUAUGAGAGGGCGUCUUACUUUAGAUAAGAUUAAUGCUGCUAUUGACGAGAUGGCGCAAUUUGCAGAGGCCAAUGCUCACCUGAUAAAAGAACCCAGGAAUAAGUUGGGAGAAGGUCUGUUGGAGAGAGCACUUGAAAUGCGUGACAUUUCUACAGCAGAGCCAGUGAAGGGAAAAUAUUUCUGUCUGGAGACAGAUCUUAAGGGGCCUGUAUUGAAGUUAGACAACACUGGCAAAGCAAUACUUACUGUCCUUCGUCAUCUUGGGCGUGUUAAUGAGGCCCGAAUCGGACGCCAGAGAGUAUUAAUCCUUGCAAAACCUCAUUGAAACUUUAAUAGGUGAAUGCUCGAAGUAUACUCUUAGCAGAGGGGAAAGGGAUUCAUAUAUUGAGUAUCACUAUGUUUGGUUAUUUGUAUUAUAACAGUGAGGGAUGGACUUUGUUUCGGCAUCAGGUGUGAUAUUUGAUCACAGAUUUCUUUUUGUUUAUCAUGCUAAGCUUAAGCACCAGUGAGCCAAAAGGAUUCGGGCCCUACUACCUUGUGGUUCAAUAAUCGCUAGAGCAUAGCAUUCACUCAAAAUACUAUCAUAUAGCUUGUAUGAGAAGCCACCAUUGGUUCAGCAUUCUUUUGUCUAUGGAUGUAUUACUCUGCAUGCAUAUCAGCAAUUGGAUGGGUGUACAGCAGGUUUAUUUUAAUGGAAAUUGAAAUUUGUAUGCCUUGAAGCUGCAUAUUCAGAAAAAUAGAUUGAUUGCCUUCAAUUGGAGGGGAAUUGUUUUAAUGGGUCGUUUGGCCAAAUCCCUUCAAAUGUAUUAGACAUGCAUUGGAAUCUACAAAAGUUGAUGGUAAAGCCCAUAUUUGCCACAUGUUCAUGCUGGACUCUGGAGUAUUUGCUCAUGUAUUUUAUUAUUAUGUUUUUUAAAGGACAACAAACUUAUCUUAUGCUUAACAACACUUUCCUGAAAUUCAGUUGGGAGAAAAUAAUAGGAAAACUUCAUAUUUGUUUA